CCAUCACAAAAUCAAACACCUUCCUUCCAGCUAUAAAUAUGAGAUAUAGCCAAACCCUCCUAGCCAUGUCUGGCAUCAUUGCCUCAGCUGCGUCCACAACCACUUCAUUUCCUGCCAACUUUACCCUAAGCUCCACUCUUGAUAAUUCAAUACUGACCACCGAUGGUUGGGGUAUCUAUGACGGUACCAUGGGAACUACAUUAAUGUUAUCUCCCUACGAAGACGGCACCAUCGGAUACGGGCCCUACGGUCAGGCACUGGCCGUGCUCGCCGAUCAGACCUCAUUUGCAUGGAUCAUCCAACUCCAGUCAGAGCCUGAGGCUGUCGACACGAUUACAGGUUGGGGAGUCUCGGAUGAUGGGUUCCUUAUGCUGAAUGGAGAGCAGCUGUGGGCGUUUAAUGAGAGCGCUGCGGAGCCAAGAAGGUUGUAUUGGGCUGGUGAAGGAAACGAGCAGGGGAUGGUCGGUACACAGCUAUUGGUGCAAAGUGUGGUGUGACUGAGACAAGGCUUGGUGGUUACUAUCUAAGUUGAGGUAUCCCAUCGAAUACUUGAAUGCACGAGUAUUACUAUGGGCAU